UAAAAUAAUUAAAAAAUGGCUGAAGCAAAGAAGUUAGAUUAUAGAUGCUCACCUCGUAGGGUAUUUUCUGUUAUUUCCAAACUCAAUGGGGAUCAAAAGGAGGUAGUGAAACAAAUGGGAUUUGGGGCACUUUUGGGGAUGAAAGAUUGUGUCGUAAGAAGGAAUCUAGUGACAUGGUUGUUUUCUCGGUUCAACACCCAGGACGGGUCUUUGGAGGUUCAUGGGAAACAAUUUAAAUUGAACAGUCAAAUAUUUGGUGCUACGAUGGGUGUUAAGGAUGGUGUUGAAAAUUUAUUUCAUGGUAGCAAGAAGAAGCAUUCGAAAAAGAAGGUUGAAAGCACUGCUGUGCAAGUUCUAGAGGCGAAAUUGAUAACAGGUCAAUCGGCGGACAUGUCCUUCGUUCGAGACUUCUUGCUCUUUAUUGUCUCUGUAUUCUUGAUGCCUAAUACGUCUGUAAAUGUUGCUCGCGAAGUGGAGGAUCCUAUAAAGGCCAUAAAUGACAUUGCAGCGGUUUGUCGUGUUAACUGGGCAUCACUGUCGUACAAUUAUCUAUGGAAGGCCCUUCGACGGCAUCAGAAAAACAAAGGCAUGUUUGUCGGAGGAUGCAUAUAUUUUUUACAGUUAUUUUGCUGUCAUCACGUUGUUUGGAAGGAAGGAUAUGUUGAUAGAUCCCUCUGCCCUUUAAAUGUGUGGUCUGACGAUGAUUUCAAGGCUAUACUGGAUUGGGUACAGGAGCAUGGGGGGUUUGAAUCAAAUAAAAUUCCAAUGAUAGAGUUGCAGGACGGUGCUGCAGCAUCGAAGAUGCCUGCCACGCUCACCUCUUUGUGUGAUAAGGUUGAAUCGAUUGAGAACAAAAUUAUUGAAAAGGAAAUAGAAAUGGUAAAAUUUCAUGAGGAUUUGAAGUUGCAAAUGACCAAGGAAUUCAAACGAUUACGUAGGAGUUUGAGCGGCGGAAUCAGUUCAAGGGCUAUUGGAGAAGCUUUCGAUUAG